CAGCCGGCAUGCGCGGACGCAUCGCACAGCCCGCCCGACCGCCGCGCGCGCCGCUCGCCUGACGUCACCAUGCAGAUCGGAGACUGCCUGUGUUAUUUAUUGUUGAUGAUAACAGUCACGUCAACAUGUGUAAAAGCAGAGGACGACAGGCAAAAAAGAGAACUUUCAAUAGGCAAAUCAAAGAGACUCCUCAAAAGAGACGCAGCGAUACUCAUUGACAAUUUCCCAGUAGAACCAGUGUACACCCACAAACCAAAAGUGAUCUACCGAAGAGUGUCCCGGCAAAGGUACGGCCCACCGAAACCCAAACCAAAGUAUGGACCUCCCAGACCUAAAUAUGGACCCCCGCCAAAGUUACGGAAACCUGCGAAAAAGUACAGAAAGCAAAUCAGUACCAAAUACGGACCACCGAGUCACAAAAAGAGGACUUCAAAGCCUAGGUAUGGCCCACCAAAGCGUCCAACUAACAAACCAAUCUAUGGUCCACCCAAGAAGGUUCCAUCACAUUACUAUACGCCUGAACCAGCAGGUUUCGCAGAACCGCCAGCGGAUUAUGAACCUCAUCCACAGCCUCAUCAAAAUUAUGCCGAGCCACCUGUCGACUCCUAUGGAGCUCCCUUGAAAACCACGGUGAGCGACGUCUACCCUACCGCACAAGCUUACGAAAACCCCAAUUAUUUCGAAAAUCAAGACUUUGGUCAAGAAUAUCAAUCCUGGCAGAACUAUGGCCGUGAACCAAACCAAGACAAUUCUUACGCUUACUCGAAGAAACGACCACUGUUUGUCAAACCUGACGAAAUGUUCGACAGCCCACAAAAUCAAGAGGAAGAUUUUAACUUGAAUUCAUAUUCAGACGCGUUUACUUAUAGCCAGAACUUCAAAGAGCCCCAGUACUUGCACAACAAGAGAAAGAAGCCCCAAUAUUUCACAGAUACAAACAAACAAGUAAAUAAGCAUUGGAAAGCGCCUAGGUUUAGACAAGAGAACAAACCAGAGCCUGACGAUGAGAUACUAGUUGGAGGGCAGUACGCAGAGCCCCCGCCUAGAUACGUGCCAAAAUUUCAGCCUAGUGCCCCUAUGUUCAAUGGGGAAGAUGAUUUUGCCCCGCCACAAAGUUUUCUGGACUCCGAAGUAGCUGCAUCAGCCACCAUCUCACCAUACGUUAAUUAUAAGCACAGUAACAUGGCCUUCAGCCCACAGAACCUUAACGACGCGUUUAGUAUAGUAGAUAAAUAGUAAAUUAUUUUAGAAAGCAGACUUGUUGAUCUGCGUCUAAUAAAAUUGUUGUUUAAACUUGUAAUUUUUCCGAAUUUACACUUUCAAUACGUACAAAGCAGCCGACCAGUUCAUACAACUUUCUCUAUCGAUUAUCAAUUAUUCUAGGUAUGAAAUUGUGCAAUAUUGUUGAAAUUUGUAAAUGACGAUUGACUGAAUGUUUAUUUAAGUUAAUUUAAUAAAUUGUGUAAGAAAUAUA